AUGCGUGUUGAAAAAGAACGUGGACUUGAAGAUUCAGGAGUAGACGAAGGUUCAAGCUCACUAUAUUCCAAAAUGUUUGCUGAUAGAGGUCCCGAGAAACGCAAAAUAAAAUUUAGACCAAUAGCUGAGCAAGUAGUAGAUGAUGGCGAAGGAGAAGAUUCCGACUACAAAUAUAUCUCCGAUACCGAUAAUAAUGAAACCGACGAUACUAUUGUCAGUGAUAAGGAACCUGAAAAUUCAGACAAUAUAAAUGAGGUUCCAACAUCAGAUAGUAACGAAAAUAGCGAAAAUACAGAUGGCAGGCAAGAGUUUAACGAGAAUAAUGAAGAGAUGACAGCUGAAUUUUUAAAGAAAUGGAAAAUCGAAGAUCCAGGUGUUUGUUGCAUCUGUCUCGAAAAUUCUACAACGGAAGAAAAUAUGCUUGUUUAUUGUGAUGGUGAUGAAUGUGAAGUAGUUUGUCAUCAAGAAUGUUACGGUAUUAUUCACUUGCCUGCUUCUGAUGAACCUUGGUACUGUGAUAGAUGCCUGUCUGUACCAUCAGAAACUGUAAUUUGCGCACUUUGUCCCAAAAGACAUGGGGCGUUUCGACGAAUAAAAGAUGGUGAUUCCGCAGGUAUAUGGGUUCAUGUAGUUUGCGCAUUAUGGAUGCCUGGUAUGUGGAUCGGAAAAACAGCAGAAAUGAAUGCUACAAAUGAAGGUGCGACGGUACAUUGCGAUGCCGGUGAAUGCAAGAAUUGGCUUCACGUUACUUGUGCGCAAUCACUCAACCUUUUAGAGUGUGUUGAAGAUGAUCAAGAUAUAUCGGAUCCAUAUUUUGUGUAUUGUCCUUCUCAUGGUUCUCACGGGCCCGCGAGACUCAACGAAUGGGAAAAAUGGUGUAGGCAAAGGGAUAGGUUUUUUGAAAACAUAAGAGAAAUAGAAUCAAAAGCAAGAACUGAGAGGGUAAAAAAAGAUUCUGAUAUGGGAGCCAGUCUUCGCGAAAUUUUUGAAGACUCUUAUGCUGAGUAUCAUAAACGACGCGAAGAUAAAAUUGCCAACCAACGAAGAAAGAUUGCACAGAUUAAUUCAUCCAUACAAGGUUUAAUCGAACAAUCUGAAAAGGCCGAAAGCAAUGUCAUCGACUUUAAUAAUAAGAUAGAAAUUGCGUCUCAAGAGAACGCAGCCCUAGAAAGUUACUUAUUAAGAGCCCAAAAGGCCUUGAUGUUCCUAUCACAAUCAAUAACAAAUGUUGACGCUCUUCAACUUUCGGAUACAGAAGAUACGGGUAGUAAUAGACCUAAAGUUGAAGCAUACCUUAAUUUACUUGAGUCCACAAAUGAAAUCCAAUGGACUCAAGAGGCAAAAGAAAAUGCUCAGAAUAUCGUUAUUGAUCAAUUGGAUACCAGUAGUGUCCAAAAUUUGGGCAUUAAAAAUGUCCAAAAGAUUAUGGCGCAAAUGGCAAAGGAGCAGAAGUCGAAGAGAGGAAAAAGGGGGAAGAAGAGAAAGGUGAGUGUUCCUGAGGCCUCUUCUAGGGGCGUGAAAAGAUCAAGAAAAACUGAGGAGCCUUCUCCGAAGGCUCCAAAGAAAACUUCGGCUUCUACUCCUAGUACGUCCAGAAAAACGAGGGGACGGCGGCCAAAGAGUGGGAGCUCUUCGAAAGAGCUUAAUGAUUUAAAUCAGGAUGUCAUCAGCGAUGGCGGCAUCUUGAAGGAAGGAAGUACGUCAAACGAAGAGAAAGAGGGUGAUGGAGAUCUCUUAAAUGACGGGGAUAUUAUCAGUAAUGAUAUUUUAAAUGAUGACGAUGUUGAAGCGGACAAAUCAGAGGAAUUUAGUAACGUCUUGUCAAAUGAUAUCUCACAUACCCCAGUUGGUGUAAAUGAUGUCUCACCUACUCCAAACGAUGCAAAUGGUGUCUCAUUUAACGCAAGUGAUGUAAAUGAUGUCUCGUCCACCCCAGAAGAUUCAAAUGAUGCCUCACCUUACUCAGAUGAUGCAAAUGAUAUAUCGUUUGACGCAAAUGAUGUCUCACCUUUUCCAAACGAUGCAAAUAGGGUCUCGUUUAAUGUCUCGUCUAUUCCAAACAAUACAAAUGGUGUCUCGUUUAACACAAAUGACACCUUAACAAAUGGUUCAUCAAACUAUUCUCCUCCUUCCACUAUAUUAGGAGUCCUCAACAUCUCAACGUUGUUGAAUCCGAUCGAAAGCAUCCCUCCUUCCCGAAACUCACCUGAUAAGGAGGUUUCAACGUCAAUCGACAUCCCAAUCUUCCAAAACAACUACAUCGACAAUGCAUUAUCGAAUCAUUUAAAUAUUUAUCCAAAUGAAAUUAAUGAAAUUAAUGAAAUUAAAGUAAUUGAAAUAAUCGAUGAUGACAAAAGAAUUAAUAGAUUUGAACGAAAUAAUGUAAUUGAAAUAACUGAUGAACCUGAAAGAAUUGAAAUUGAUUCGACAAAUGAAGAUGGACCUUCAGACUUCAAUGUUUCAAUGUCGGUUGAUAAUUCUACAACUGCCACGUUGUCAACUGCCGCGAUCAAUAAUAGCAUUUCUUCAUACGCCGCUGCCCUCAAUCGGAAUGAUGGAUAUGAGUCAUCUCCUUCCCAAUCAACUGCUACAGCCUUUGCACACUAUACUUCCCACAUUACGCCAGCUGCCACUGGACCACUUUUUACCGCUACUCCAACCGCUGCCGGAUUUUUCACCACCACACCAGUCAAUCCUGAUUUAUUACCGGAGCAUAAAAGAAAGCGAAAACCUGUUGAGAUAGAACCUAUUGUAGAAUCAAUAAAUGAUCGUAAUAAAAAAUCUGGAAAGCGCAAAUCCAAAAAGUCGUCAUCUACACAAUUUGGCCAAAUUAGAAAAAUUGUAAUACCACCUCAAUUGCGACCUCGAGUUCCACAACCAGUUUGUAGAGUUUGUAAUCAAAUUGAGCCACCCGCCCAUGAUCAACCUUCAGCUACAUAUAUAUAUCCCGCAAAAGCACGAGAAUCAAUGCUUCUUAAAGGUCGCGAUAAAGUUCAUAGAAUGGUCAGGUGUAAUUAUUGUUCUAAAUGGUAUCAUUUGGCUUGCAUGAAUCCUCCCCGAAAGACAAUGCCAACUGGGGGUUAUAUCUGGAGAUGCGAAGAAUGUGAUAAUGUUGAUCUAGAUCAUACACAAUCUGGUCAAUCUGGAAAUAAUCAUCAAUCCGAACCACCAGAGGCUUCAUCAUCAACUUCCUCAAAUCAUCCUUCCUCAGAUAACGUGCAGUCCGGAUCAACGACUACUAAAAAGUGGAGAUUGAGAUCCUCAACGAAACGCACAUAA